UUCUAUAAUGGUUCAGUGACUCUCGAAGUUUAUUUUCAUGUUUUCGGCUGAAGUUUGUUUCAAUAUGUAUGGAUGCUCCUGAGCGCUCUGUUAAGUUUUGAAUCAGGAUUUUUCGGAAGGAGAAUCUGUAAGCCCACUGGUUAAGCUACUUACGAAUUCAACAACAUAAAAUGUGGAUUUAAUAGGGCCGAGUAAGUUUUAAGUUAUGACAAGCGAAUGUAUACAAUAUCGUUGUAUUUUAAGAAUAAUUAAUUCGACCUGUCAGUGAACAAUAAAACAGUGUUGAUUUCUUAACUGGUGGAAUUUAUUUUAUAACACUGAUUCGGAUUUAAGUAUUAUAUCACCGAUUUGUUUAACAAACAUCCUAAGGUAAUGUUAUGCUAAUGUCAAAAAGAGGUUAAACUAGUCACAGGAUAGGCUAUUUUCACGCCAUCUGAAAAUUGGUUCGCUGCAUUUUUUUCGGAUAUCAAAUUUCGAUCACCAUAAGGCGGGUUAAAGCAUCUGAAAUUAAACCGGAUAAUAACCAGCAUGGAAUAUACGUGCUUUUUUUGUAAAAUGUAGCCCCCUGGAUAGAUAGUCGUAAAAUUCAACACAGAAUGACAGCGUUCUUGCAAAAUGGGGGCGUUCCCCAGCUGCACGUGUCGAGUAGCUCUCAGUGGGUGGAGAUCCAACGAAACACUUUCAAGAACUGGGUCAACGAACAGCUCAAGGGUGAGGGGCAUUCGAUUUUCGACAUCCGGACGGACUUUGCGGAUGGCGUGAUACUCGUAGCACUCGUUGAGACACUGCAGCGCCGGAAGUUGAACGGCUGCGUCCGCCAGCCUGUCCAUAAUCACGAGAAGCUUCACAAUAUCACCAUAGCUCUGGAAGCCAUCGCCAGUGACCACGUGACAUUAGUAAGCAUAGACAGCAGCCAUAUCACGGAAGGUAACACGAAGUUGAUUCUAGCGUUACUAUGGCAACUUGUGUUGCGUUACCAGAUCGGUCUGUCAAGCUUCCAACACCGUGGCUGGCUCCUCGCCUGGGUACAAGCGGUCAUUCCAGAGUGUCACGUGACCAAUCUGACCUCCGACUGGAACUCUGGGAUAGCCUUACAUGCCCUGCUUGAGUUCUGCAAACACGGACUUGGUUCCAACUGGAAACACCUCAACCCUCUUGAUAGGGUGAACAACUGCCGAGAAGGCAUGAAGCUGGCCCGCCAACAUUUCGGCAUCCCUCUGGUGUUGCGACCGGAGGACUUGGCAAACAGCAACCUGGACGAGUUGUCCGCCAUCACAUACUUGUCAUAUUUCACCAAAGUGGGCGCUCCCGGCUACAACGCCACACUGCAGCGCAUCCAGCCACUCAUUAGAAAUUACCCCGUCUUUAACUUCACUACUGACUGGAAGGAUGGGCGCGUGUUGUGUGAACUUGUGCACGUGUUUGGCGGCGACGUUCCAACGUGGCCCGAGCUGCACGGGACCAACACUCAGAGGCUUAGACAAGGGAUGGAGGGCGCGGUGGGUAUCGGUGUAGAGCCCUUACUGACGGUGGAGGAACUGGCGUCUGAGGGCCCUGAACACCUAGGUGUCAUGGCGUACGCUGCUAGGUUCCUAUCUCUUACACCCGGCGUCAUCUCGUAUGAACAUUCUUAUAAAGAAACAAAGAUUAUAACUAUGGAGGAGCACCAUGUUGGUUCCCGGGGGCCGAGCACACUGGCGGGGUCCGCGGGGCAGCUGAGUGACCGGCACAUGACCAAUGGACGGUCACGUGACACUUCGCCAUCUUCCACGACAUCAUCUACACUUAGUGAAACUAAUCACCAGCUUGAGUACACGUUAGUCCGUACACCGUCAUUGAGACGUAAACAGCGUAAAACCGUAAAGGCAUCAGAGGGACCCAAGAAAGACACCUACUCAGACGGCGUCAUCAUUUACGCUACUUCGCACACAACUGUGACCCCUGACGACAUUAAGCUGGUAGCUGAAUCUCCGAUGGGUCGGCUGAUCAAGAUGAACGGAGACGGGAUGUACCACGCCCAGUUUUCGGAGGACGAAAUAGGCGAGUGGACAGUGACUUUGAGCGUGAACGGGCAGAUAGUGGACAGUUGUAAGGUGAACGUAUGUGACCCCUCGCAGGUCAAGGUCACGGGUUUAAAGGCCGGAAUGACUGCAACACCGCAUAGAUUCAAUAUCGACACUAGAGGAGCGGGGCGGGGGAAGCUGGAGGCGGAAGUGCAGACGGGGAACCGGAACAUACCCUGCCACAUCCGGGAGGUGGAUGACCAACGGUAUCAGGCCUCCUUCACGCCCAACGUCGCCGGGCACUACACCAUCGCCGUCCUCUAUAACAAGGCGGAGAUCAGAGGGAUAAUAGAGUUUUCUGACAUACCAGAUGACGCCUCUUUCACACCGGGCGAUGAGGAGCUACAUAGACAGGCCAUAUUCUCAACCAAUAUGAAGCCCCACCUAGACCACUACAAGAUCACUGCUACAUGUGACUGGCAGGUGGAUUACAUGACGGGUGGCCCGAUAGACCUGUACAUAGGAGACACGGCCGACGUCCGGGUAUACAGCAUGCAGGACGGAACCGUUUGCAGCGUUCCUCACUUUAUUGCGGAUGUGACGAACGCGCCACCUGGCGGCGACCUGGAAGCGGAGGUUCAGUUUGGGGCCCACAGGUUCCCAGCAGAUGUUUCAGAGGACCCUGACCGACCGGGUCUAUACAAGGUCGUGUUUAAACCCCGGGGCCCAGGGACAUACCGCCUCUUUAUCAUCUACAAUAAACGUCUCGUCAAGGGUUCGCCUUUCUUGCAAGAAAUAGCCGAACUGACGUCACCGAGUGUUGAGGGGCCAGGCCUUACAAAGGGAGUAGUUGCUGAACCCGCGGAGUUUAAUAUUGAUGCUCGGGGAUUCCCUGGGCAAAUUGCAAUAGAUAUUCAAGGUCCCCACUAUCCGAUAAACGGCAACGUCACACGUCAUCCUGACGGCACUCACACGGUGACGUACGUCCCUGAAGAGGUCGGCAUUCAUCGUAUACACGUUAAACUUGACGGCAAGGACGUUCAAAGUAGCCCCUACCACCCUAAGAUCAUAGACCCGCUUAAGGUGCGUGUUUCCGGCGGUUGGGGUCCUCUUAUGGACGGCCAUGAGCGUAUACCUCUAACGGUCAACAAGGAAAAACAUAUUCCAUUCGACGCCUCAGGCGCAGGUCCCGGCGAGCUUACCGGUAACGUCCACGGCCCCAGUGACAAGGUGCCCGUUACCAUAGACGCCCGGGGAGACGGCAAACACACUCUCAUAUUCACACCAAAGGAAGAAGGCAAGCACUACAUAGACGUCUUCUGGAGCGGCUACGCGCUUCCCCGCUCCCCCUACCACGGUUACGCCACCUACGGCCGUGAAGAGCCGGACUACCCAACUGUCAUGGUUAAACCACACUCCCCUAUCACCGUUAGGAAACAGCCCGUUCAGGAAUCCGCAUACGGCGACCCCCCGGCUGGUUACUGGGUGCGGGCUGACAGACACUCCAAUUCACCAGAUACGACGCCUAGCAAAAUCUACAUCCUCGCGCCCAAUAAGAACGAGCCGAGAGUGGUGUCGGCAGUGAACUACCCGCCGACCAGGAUCCGCGUCCAACGUCACGGCUCAGACAUCAGUCACACCAAUAAGCCCCGCCACUACCUGCAGCCAAAACGCACCGGAAGUGUGUACUCUGCAAGUACACACUCCGCUAAAUCUGAGCCACAUUAUCGGAACCGGAAUAAUAACCGGAAGGAGCCAGACGUGGUGAUCACGCGCCUGCCACGUUCCAGUCCUACGUACCUGCACGUGGACGACCCCUCCCCACGGGAGCUGCACGUGUACACGAGCAGUCCCCAAGGGUCGUCCCCUUCCCUUUCACCAACUUACAUCUACUCCCAACCCCAGAAGUCCCCGGCCAGUGUCGCUAGCAGCAAAGGAAAUAGCCCAAAAGUCCUUCUUCGUGGAAAAGGAUUGAAGGAGGCAGAUUUAGACAAACCGGCGCAUUUUUCGAUUGAUGGCAGAGAGGCCGGACCAGGCGAGCCAGAAGCCCGCGUACACAGCAUCCGAUCAGAGCCCCCGGUACAGAUAGAACCCACGGGCCCAAAACAGUACAGAUGUACCUAUAUACCCAGGGUACCUGGAGCCUAUUUAUUGGACAUCAAAUGGAACGGAAAGCCCCUGAAGUGUUGUCCCUUCAAGAUAGACGUGAAGAAACCCGUAUACCCUGAAAAGGUGGGCGUCACCCCUCUCACCGGUGACCUUAAAGCAGGCGUCAUUGGAAGAGAGAUUGAUCUAAAAAUAGAUCCGCGCGAGGCUGGACAUGGCGAGCUGACCAUCGAUUGUAAGGACCCUGAAGGGCACGAUGUUCCCGUGCAUCUCACGGACAACUACGACGGCACGUACCGGCUGCGUGUCCGCCCCCAGAAGCUAGGGAAACACAUCCUCAACAUUCGACUCAACAAACAACAUGUUUUUGGAAGUCCGUACGCCAUCGAGAUAAAGGGGAAAGUUAUGACCGGAAAUGUGAAGGUGUGGGGCCCGGGAUUGGAGAACGGAGUAUUCCCCGACUACCAGGGUCACUUCUACGCUGAUGCCACUGGCGCCGGUGGCGGGGAGCUGCACGUCAGCGUCAUGGGACUUAAAGGAGCAUUCCAUGUGGAAAUGAAGCGAGCAAGCCAGAAGGACAAGCUGUUCCAUUGUCUGUACCAUCCCCUUGAGCCUGGCGUCUACACCAUCAACGUGCAGUGGUCCGGCAAGCACGUGAGCGGAAGUCCAUACCGCGUGGUCGUCGCCGCCUCUGAGAUGGAUCUCCUCGAGUAUGAAAACAAGGUUGAUAGGUCCCAAACUUCUUCCGCCCGAAGCUCAGGGAAGCUUUCAUCACCAAACACCACUCAAAACAGCAUCAUGUACUGAAGAAAUUAGUCCAACAAAAGUAGUUCCUCCAGAAAGUAAUUACACCAGAAAUAUUUCUAAAAGAAAGUAGUUCCACUUGAAGUAGUUUUUCAAGAAUAUAGUCCAUCGGAAAUGUAUUUGAAGUAUAAGAGAGGUUACGAAACAAUAUUUGAACAAGUACGUGUACACGUUAGGACUUCUUUUUGUGUACUACGUCAUCCGGGUUUGUGUACAUUGUGCUUUGUAACCUCCCUCUCACAAUUGGGCUGCUUUCUGGUCUUAUGACCUUGAUCCACAAAUACUUGUCGUAAAUGAUUCCAGUAAAGAGUGUGUAACGAGUGGGAACUAGUAAUGGACAGUUAUUUCGUAUUUAACCAUUAUAGUUAUAUAUUUCUUAUAUGGGGGAUGUUAACAUACACUGGUUAUACAUGAUUUUAGCAUUAAAUUGCAUAUUUCAUUGCAAACAAUUUGUUCAUCACAGCCGACACUACAACUGCAGUUUUAGGAGUGAAUGUGUCCCAGGUUCGAUUUUAUCGGAGUUUGGGUUGGUGGGCACCAAGCCGGACAAAUUGGUUUUGUCCGGGUACUUCUGUUUCCAGCAGACAUUAACGUAACUUUCGUCACAAUAGUGGUAAUAUAAAUAAAGAUUAAGGUAAAAUUUGACUUAUCUUUAUUAUUGUGAUUGUUAAAGUUGGUAAUUACAAUUUAACAAAUAUUUCAAAUCGGAACUAACAGUUUUUCAUGUUUAUGAUUCCAUGUUUGGGAUUUCAUGAUUGGGAUGGAUUUCAUGUUUGGGAUUUCAUGUUUGGGAUUUCAUGUUUGGGAUUUCAUGUAAGUUUUUUUUGCUUUGAUUUUAUAUUUGGAAUUUCAUGUAAGCGAUUGCAUGUUUGGAAUUCCAUUUUUGGGAAUUCAUGUUUGGGAAUUCAUGUUUGAGAUUUCAUUUUUCCGAUUUCAUGUUUUGCUUUUCAUGUCAGGGAUUUCAUGAUUGAGAUUUCAUGAUUACUGUUUUGAAGACCUACCAUUCUAAAUAACAUAUAUUAUUCUAAAUAUUCCUAAAAGCAGGAAAGUAUCCUAAGCUGUCAAAAUAUGUUCAUGUUAGACUUAAAUUCGAUGAAAGACUACCUAAUAUGAUAAACGGAAUAACCAUUUUUAAAUAUUUGCAUAAUUAUUUUGAUAUCUUUAUAAAUGCUGAAAUAUUUGCUAGUCUUUAAAAAUAUUUUAUAAACAAGAGCAAAUAUAUGAUAACGAUUAUGUAUAAAGCUUUUAUUGUUAUCAAACCAUGUAUUUUAUUUGUUUUAUGGUGCUAAUGUUAUAUCGAGUCUGCCUCAGUGUGUGUUGCUUGUAUAUUUUUAUAUUUAAACUUAAAUUAUGUAUGUGUUCAAUUGUAAAAGUAAUAGUACUUGUAGGUAGGUAUACAUUGUAAUUCAUUUUAUUCAGUUUCGUGUCCAGUUUAUGAGCUUUUUUCAUAUCGCAUAUGAUUAUUCCAAGGAAAUUCUUUUAUACAUUGAUGACUGUGAAAAUGGACUCGAGCGAGGCUUUUGCCUCGAUUUUGUUAUGAUUUUGUUUUGAGAAAAAUAACAUUUUAGCCAAAAUAGUUGUCCCUGAAAUAUUUAUACGUACAUAACGAAUAUGUCGUGUAGGAUAAUCGGUAAAAAAAUGAAGCCUAGCAUAUAACCAAUUCGUUCGAAAGCACCCAAAGUUUAUCUUAAAUAAUUUUGUUGUUUUAUGUUUUGAGGUAUGAGUGGGUAAAUAUGUGAUAGUAAAUAUGACGUACAUGAUGACGUCAUAAUUUAUUGUGACUUUAAUUAGAAUAGCUGUUAAAAGGUAUAACGUGUUAUUAAGGUAUACGCUGCUUAAAACACUGUUUACGGCUCUUUUUGGUAGUAAUAUCUAUAUUAUUUUAUGUUAAAGAAAUGUACCAUAUGUGUAUAAGCAUACAAGCAUAACAAAAGCACAACAUUUAGUAAUAUGAAGGUGCUUUUAUUUCCUUCUAAUGUGAUUCGAUAUAGAUCGACAUUUGAAAGUAACGAUGUAUUUUGCAAUGUAACCUGCAUUUAUAUAUUUUAAUGUAAUUUUGGAUGUAAUUGUUUGAUUAUUAAUGUAUAUUCAUAUGCUUUAGCUUUUUAUGAGCUUUUAUAAUUAAUUUCCAACCAUUUCGUUACCUUCACCUAUUUCUGGCACGUCAUUUAUAAACAAUUAUUACCCUGUAACAUUGUUAUUUGAACGGAGAUUGUUUGAAUCAUUGAGACUGAUGUAAUUCAAAGAAUCAAAUUGUCAAUGAAUCGAAUGUACAGCUGUGUAUGUCAAUAUCUUGUUAAGUUAUCCCUAGAAUUUGAGUGUUUUCAGUGACCGGAUUGAUAAACCAAGCUUUCCAACCAAUAUAAAAUGUAACAUAGUGUUUAAAAAAGUAAUUUAUUUAUUAUUUUUAAUCAAACUAGCGAAAAAGCCUGCAUUUCAGGAACAUUGACCAGAAAACCAAAACAAUAUUCACAUGACUAACUAAUUUUUCGGACUCUUUCUUACAUGUUUAGGUUUCCAUAUCCCCAUAUUUCACCAACCAAAAGCUGAAAUUUGUAAAACCGUUUUUUUCUAGUUCAUAAAUCAGAUAUCUGACUUACAGAAUCACUGACUAAAGUCUGAUUCGCGUCACUGCAAAAUACAAGAAUCAUAUUAUUUGUAAAGGAUAGUUUAGUUAUCAUGUUUCUUAAUGCAUUUAAGCUUCCAUUUGAAGAAACUUGCCAAUACAAUAUACUUUUUUUGUGAUUGCAAUAUAUUAUAAUAUGUAUAGGAUAUUUAACGUAUGUAUUGAUAGAAUACUUAUAAGUUAAGCAAUACUCAUAUUUUAUAUGGUGUGUACAAUACUAGUAUCAAAACGCGCUGUUAUUAGUUUUGUCCAAGAAAAAUAGAUUUAUGUAAUAAAUUAUAUAUCUGCUUAA